AUGCCAAUGCAAAAAAACGACUCAUAUUCCACACAAAUCAUUUUUGCCGAUUUUCAUCAACCAGCUUUAAUACGAUUUUUUGAUGAACAUAAAGCAUUGGAUUUAGAUAUUGCACCAUUCCUGUUUGGUUCUCUUGUACAUACUGCGGUUAUGCUUGAUGGUGCAGAAUUAUAUAAUUCAGAUGGAAGUGGUUCUUUAACAUCUAUGAAUUUAUUUGCACAGCUUAUUGGUGAACCUGGUACAAAUAAAUCUGGUUUAUUAAGAGCAUUUAGUUCUACUAUGUCUGUACUAUCACAUUUAUUUCCAGAAUUUUUCAGUAAAACAGUAACUGAAACUAUUAAUGGUAAAGAAACAACAAAUGAUGUUGGGUUUGGUGUUUACUUAGGAGGUUCUAUGGAUAAUGAUAUCAAAACGAUUGGUGCUAAGUUAUUAUGUCAAGGAUAUGAUACUAUUAGAAAUCUUUUAAGAACAACCGGUUCAACAUCCUUUUUGAUUAAGAGAGGAUCGAUCAAUAUUUUUGGAGCUAGUACAGGCAAUAUGUUAUCUACUGUUCAUCGUCAAUAUCAAAAUCCUUCUAUGUCCGAUGGUGCUGUCAGUAGGUUUUUGUAUAUUACUUCAUCAGCACAUAAACCUGUAUCUGGUCCUCCUAGUAAUAUUCUAUCGAUUCAACCAAAUAUGGUUCAUAUCUUGAUAAUUAUGCGUCUUAUAAGUGAAUAUAAACCAAUACUUGUAUUUGGACAAUAUAAGAAUGAAUCUGAAGUACCAACUACAGUUUCUAUACGAGAUGAUAUACAAGAAUUAAUACAAGAUAAUGGUGGCUCAAUAUUACCAGUUGAAAUUUUAGCUGAAUUGAAACCAACUAUUCUUAUUCCACAUAAAGAUGGUGAUCGUGAAAUUGAUGGUAAUCUUUUAUCACCACAGACAGCAUUAAAACGAAUCAUGGAUUAUUACUAUAGUAAAUCAUUGAAAACUGAUCAAAAAGGAAAAUCAUCCUACACACCACUUCAACGAGCAUUUUAUCGCAAAAGUGGUGCAAAAUAA